AUGCAUGAACUGCUUGAAGCUAAAGCACAGAUUAACAAAUUACUUAAACUGGGAGGCUUUGAACUACACAAAUGGUCGUCAAAUUGCAGUGACGUUUUGCUAGACGUUCCUAGUAAUCAGCAACAAUUAGACGAGAUAGACCUUGAAAAGGAAAAUUACAGUAUAAAGGCAUUAGGCCUAACCAUUGAUGCAAAAAACGAUUGUUUUAUAAUUAAAUCUCCUGAGACAAUAAAUGCUCCGUCCUCAACGAAAAGGGAAAUUCUGAGCCAAAUAUCAAAAUUCUAUGAUCCAUUAGGGUUUGUAAGCCCUAUCGUAGUAAAAGCUAAGGUCAUCAUGCAAAGAUUAUGGCUUGAGAAAGUCGACUGGGACGCCAAGCCACCGCAAGACGUGCAGGAUGAAUGGGUGCAGUUUGCUGACAGCUUAUCUUCUAUGGAGCCUAUACAUUUUAACAGAAAUAUCCAGGUGCCCGCCAAUGCCGAGGCAGUGCAGUUAAUUGGGUUCGCAGACGCAUCCAGCUCGACCGGCUACGGGUGUUGCAUAUAUCUGCGCGUGAUACACGCAACAGGUAAGGUUGAAUUAUCCUUACUCUGUUCCAAGUCGAGAAUUAAUCCACGCACGAAGCCCUUGACCAUUCCCCGGCUCGAGCUCAACGCCAACUUGCUUUUAGCACAAUUGAUGAUGAAAGUAUAUAAUACUUUAACAAUAAAAAUAAAAGUGGAUAAUGUAUUCUUAUUCACCGAUUCACAAGUCGCAUUGGCAUGGAUAAAUACGGAAGUUACGCGAUUGCAAGCCUACGUGUCGAACAGGGUAAGGGUAAUUCAACAAUUGACCAAUAAAUGGCGCUGGCUGUACGUGAAUACACGAGAAAACCCUGCAGAUUAUAUUAGCAGAGGGCUGAGUCCGCAUGAAAUUGCUUCCUGCUCAAUGUGGUGGCACGGGCCGGCGUUUCUGAAAGACAGGGAGUAUACAUUUAAUAACAAUAUACAGUUGCCUGAUGACUUACCUGAAAUGAAGACCAGCUCCGUCUCCUCCAGUGACGUAGUGCUUGUAACUACACAACCAAUCAAAGCAAAUACUGCAAAGCAGCUAAUGGGUUCCCUACCGCAGCAGCGAGUCACAGCUUCCAGGGCAUUCCAGGUAGUCGGCUUGGACUUCGCUGGGCCAGUGCAAGUUAAAAACUCCAGAGAGGACGCUGCCGCUGCCCCGCACCCGCCGCACCAGUGA